GUUCCCAACCGACACCAAGAUCUCGCCCCGAGUGCUUCUUCUCUCUCCUCAACUCGAUCGGCAAUCAUUCGUCCGCUUCCUUGAUCUCAUAAUGCCCACGCCACUUCCGUCUAGUUUUGCCUCGGCCGCCGCUGGCAACGCCCACGACUCCUCAACCAGGAGAGGUGAUGGCCCUGCCGGUGGAGAAUGGUCUCGAACUCGCAUGAAUGGAGCAACACAGACUUUCCGCCGUCCGUCCGUUGCGACAAACCCUUCUCACAACCGGGAUGUUAGCCAGCCCACAUCGGCCACCACUCCCACCGUGGGCACCUACACUCCUCCGCAUAUGUCCUCCAACUACCCAUCCAGCGCACCACGCAACGGAGCGGCCAACGACACGCGUUAUUCAAAGGACCAGCUUCUCAGUCUUUACAAAACCCAACGAGAGUCCGGCAUCUUGGGGAAGAACGUGGCAGAUUACUUCGUCGCCGACUGGAAUCCGCACGAGACAUCGCCCGAUAACCCCUCCGGCCCGGAAGUGUGCUGGGAUCAUGGAGGCCAGAGCGAGCCGUUGGGACUGGUAGAUCUGACGGACGAUGAGAAAGAGUUAUUUACCCUCUCCGUCAACUCUCCUCUCAAGCCGCCGCCUACCAAUGCUUCGAAAGAGAACGUCGCUCCGGGUACCGGCGGCCGCAAGCUGUCCAUCUCUCAAGGCCACAUGAACAAUUACAACACCGCAUCCCCCAGUGCUGCCCGCCCCGGCCCGAGGCGUCGGGAGACGGGCGAUUCGACUGGCAAUCCCAUGUCGCCCACCACCAGCGGCUCUCGCUUUUUCCGUGACGAAACGAACACUUCCACCCCACCCCCGUCUCUGUUGCGUCGCAAGACUGAUUUCCGGGACGCAUCCUCCGCCGCUCGAUGGGAGGAGAAAGAGAAAGAAAACGUGGGCCGAGACGUGGGCGCCGAGGUCUCAUCUCCAUUUGGCUCCUUGAAGCGGAGUUCGACCAAUCCGUUGAAUGUGGCACCUGGCGCCUCGAACUCUCCGUGGGGAUCGGCGUCGCAAAAUGCCAGUUUCUCGCCCAUGGGAGCUUUCGGGGCUUUCUCUUUGGGCACGGCAACCACCCCGACGACCGAGAAGAAGGCCGGGUUCGGUAGCCUCCGCGGAGAGAGCCGCUUGAAGGGGCUGUUCUCGAAGGAUAGUUCCGAGGACAUCUCGGCCGCUAUCAAGGAGAAGCCGUCUCUCAGCAGCUUGGAACGCCUGGGCGAGGCGGAGGGCGAGAAGCGCGCCCAGUCGCCUUGGGGCGAGCCCGUCAAGACCCGCACUGGUCGCAGCGAGACGAACCCGUUCUCGGAGGAGCCUCGCAGUGGAAGUGCCGCGCUUGGAGGGUCCCAAGAGAUCAACACCCCUGCUCAGACUGCGGAUCAGUUGGGAUUUGGGGCUUUUGGUAUGACUUCCAGCAUCCCCGGAUUUCGGGAAUUGAUGCAGAGCCACGAAAACUCGCGUAACCCUACCCCGAGUCUCCUGCAGGGACACGAACCGACUAGUCCAACGAACACGAACCCCUACCAGAGUCCCCACGGUGACCGAAGUGGAGCUGCUGCUGGUGGCGACGAUGACGUCGACACCGAUGGGUCCGACAUCCAGAACACCACUCACCCUGGCAUCUCUGGCCUCCGAGACUCCUCGUCCGCGUUUGGAUCCAUCCGACGGGUAGGAUCGGGUAUGGACUUGCCUUCGAUCGACCGGAGCCAGACCUCCAGCGCGGCCGGUAACCGUAGCUUCUCUAGUCUUGGUGGCCUGGGUGGACUUUCCUCUCUGGGUGGUGCGGCGGGAUGGCCCUCCAGCGCUGCCGUGGGUACACCCACGAGGGAGCGCUCGGCCUUUGCCGGUGGGUUUGGCGAUCCCAUCUUCGGCACGAUGGGCGAUUUGCAGUCCCCAAGUUUGUCGACCCUGGGAGGCAGCGGGUUGUUCAGUCCUCAUGCUGGCAUUUCGGGCACCGGCAGCCUUGGUCGCUCCAGCAAACUAGGAUCCCUGUUCCCAGCCGCGAUGCAGGAGCAAAUGCAGGGUGAUCAGGGACGGCCAGACCUUGGCGCUCUCGAUGAUGGCUCUCGUCAACCUGACAUGCAAGGGGAAAAGCCGGGCCAGAUGAGCCAGCCCCCCACUACUUCGGCCUCACCUGACCCCAUGGCGGCGGUAGGCUCCAUGUCCACGUCGAUAGCCCCCGAGGCACCCCCGCCGAGCCAGACUCCUGGUCAAGUUGGUGCUGGUGUGCCUCCUGCACAGCAACGAACGAUGGUGAUGCCGGACCGGAUGCGCUGGAUCUACCGCGACCCACAGGGCAACAUCCAGGGCCCUUGGACUGGACUCGAGAUGCAUGAUUGGUUCAAGGCGGGUUUCUUCAGCCCCGACCUGCAGAUCAAGAAGCUCGAGGACCCCGAGUUCGAGCCGCUGGCGCAGUUGGUGCGACGCAUCGGCAAUUCGCGCGAACCAUUCCUGGUGCCUCAGAUCGGCAUCCCUCACGGUCCUGAUCCUAGUCCCGGCCCGUGGACUGGAAACACGUCCGGCACAGCCCAACCUCCGUUCCCGGGCAGCUUCCCCAGCUUCGGAACUACCCUGACCGCAGAGCAACAGAACGCGCUGGAGCGUCGGAAGCAGGAGGAGCAGUAUCUGAUGGCGCGUCAGAAGGAGCAUCUCGCUCAGCAGCAAGCCUUGAUGAAGCAGAUGCAGUUCCAGGGCGUCCCGCACACAAUGCACCCGCACCAGUUGCAGCAUCACUCCAGUGCGCACAGCCUCCACAGCCAGCCCAGCUUUGGCAGCAUUGCCUCGCCGAUCGGCUUCCAGCCUUCUCCUAUCCAAGCUCCGAUGCAACAGCCCCAGUCGGUCGCGGGAUUUUUCGAUGCAGCUGCGCCAGUGCGGAACCCGCUGCAAAGCGUUGGACCGCAGGUGCUCGGUACGGAUCUGGUCAACAGCCAGGAUCAGCUCCCAGCUCUUCUCGACCGCCUGAAUGUGAGCCGACCCGACCCGUUUGCGUUCGGCACGCCCAGCUCGUUUGCGGCGCGCCAGCCCGACAGUCUGUUCCAUCAGCAGCAGGUUGCCAGCAUGCUCCAAGAUCGGGCUCGCUUGCAGCAGGAACAGGAGCAGUUUGACAGCGCACAGGGCGACAGUCUGUUUGACCAGCAGGCGCGCGAAGAACGACUCCGCCAGUUCCACGCUCUGCGGGCUCAGGAGGGCGAGCUAGGCCUGCGGACUGCCGAGGGUCUGCCCACGCACCCGGCCACGGCCCUUCAGCCCGAGGAGUCCGAAGAUGUCGAGGAUCUCGUUGAAGAAGAAGAAGAGGAGGAGGUGGUGGUGGUGGAGGAGGAGCCUACUCUCACCCUGUCGCAGCAGGUUCAAAAGGCCGCGUCCGCCCAGCGCAAGCAGCAGGAACAGCAGGAACAACAAGAACAGCUGCAGCGCGAGCAACAGGAGCAGCAGAGCUUGGACACCACCGAUGCACCCUGGAGUGUCAAGGGCGACAGCGCCAUGCCUCAGCCAUUCCCUCCCCCGCCCUCUGCAUCGCCGCUCCCGGCUCCGGCCGCUCAGCGCAACCGCCAGAACGUCGCCGAGUCUCUGGCCGCCAACUCGCGGUCCCAGACCCAGACUCCAGUUGAAGCGCCGACCACCUCGAUCGCGCCUUGGGCGAAGGAGGCCAACGAGGUGCCCAAGGGGCCCUCCUUGAAGGAGAUUCAAGAAGCGGAGGCCCGCAGCGCUGCGCAAAAGGAAGAGUUGGCGGCUGCCGCGCGCCGUGCCCAGCUGCUGGCUGAGCAGGAGCGUCUCAGCCAGGUCCAGGCCCAGGCCCCUGGUCUGCCGUCGACUGCGAACUGGGCCAGCGCUGGAUCCCCGGCCACCCCCACGUCUUCCGGCUCGGUUUGGAACAACAAGGGCCAGGCUGCUCCUUCUGGUACCGCCAAGAAGACUCUCGCUCAGAUUCAGAAGGAAGAGGAGGCUCGUAAGCAGCGCCUGGCUGCGGCUGCGGCUGCCCAGAAUGCUGCUGCCAGCCCUCCGGCGGCGCCGUCCUCGACCGGAAAGAGGUAUGCGGAUCUCGCCAGCAAGGCUCCGGCCGCGUCUCCAGUCAGUGCGAGUGCGAACGUCUCGGGCGCAUGGACCACGGUGGGUGCGGGCGGGAAGCCCAAGCCUCCGCCGGUUGUACCUUCGGGGCCGCGGUCAACGAGCAGCGCGACUCCCGUUGCUGUUUCUCCUGUGAAGCCUAAGCCGGCUACCAUUGCGACGCCCCGGGCCGUGGUGGUGGCCACGCCGCCUGCGAACCCGAACCGGGCGGUGGAGGAGUUCACCAAGUGGGCCAAGCUUGCACUGGGCAAGGGGUUGAACAGCAACAUCAAUGUGGACGACUUCGUGCAGCAGCUGUUGUUCCUGCCGGCCGAGGCGGAGAUCAUUUCGGACUCGGUGUACGCCAACUCGCAGACGCUGGACGGCCGGCGGUUCGCGGAGGAGUUCAUCCGGCGGCGCAAGCUGGCGGACAAGGGCAUUGUGGACCCGGUCUCGGCGAGUGCGUUUGCGGAGAAGAGCACGGGGGGAUGGAGCGAGGUGGCGAAGAAGGGGUCCUCGAAUACGCACCGAGAGGAGGACAAUAGCAACACGGCGUUCAAGGUGGUUGCUCCCCGCAAGAAGGGGAAGCGGUGAAUUAGCGGACUGGUGGAAGGAUGACGCAGUUGAUGCCGUUGAUGCAGUCAUGAGAGGAAGAAAGGAUUGGGGUAGUUGGAUCUAGAUAGAUAGCCAAUGGAUUCUGGCUAGUG